AUGGGCAACUCGGGCAGCGCGCACAUUCCUGGCGGCGGAACCGAAGGCUACCACGUACUGAGGGUGCAAGACAAUUCGCCGGGCCAUGUCGCUGGACUGGAGCCGUUCUUCGACUUCAUCGUCUGCAUCGGCAACACGCGACUGGAUUCGGACAACGAUGCUCUCAAGGAAAUCUUAAAGCAGCACGUGGAGCGCCCAUUGGAUAAAACGCAAACGGUUCGUCAAACCCAGAUUACACCGUCGCAGAUGUGGGGCGGCCAGGGAUUGCUGGGCAUCUCGAUUCGAUUUUGCUCAUUUGAAGGGGCACGUGAAAACGUCUGGCAUGUUGUGUAUGUGCAGCCGAAUUCGCCAGCAGAAAUUGCCGGCUUACAAUCCAAUACCGAUUAUAUUCUUGGCGCUGAGUCUGUACUCAAUCAGGCCGAAGAUCUCAUCGCGCAUUUGCAAGCAAACGAGGGCAAACCGAUCAAAUUAUAUGUUUACAACACCGAAUCUGAUUCUGUUCGAGAGGUCACACUAACGCCCAAUUCGGCCUGGGGCGGUGAUGGUUGUCUGGGAUGUGACAUUGGCUAUGGCUAUCUGCAUCGUAUACCGGGCGAUCGAAAAGGCCCAUUGAAAGGUGAAGAACUUGCCGCUCUACUUCAGAAUCAGUUGAAUAAUGGUACUGCCAGCUCGCCAACCAUGAACAACGGCGACUAUGCACGCUCCAACAAUUCUGUCACCAUUCCGCAACCGGGUAAGCGUGUUUCUAGUCAUACAUGCCAAAAACAAGUGCAGCUUGAGCAGAUGCUUGCUUAG